CUUUAUUUCAUUAAGUAAUAUUUAAUAAAAAUAACUAACACUGUGUUUUAAAGAUUUAAAUAAACAAGCAUCCAAUACGUAUUUUGAUAAGACAACUUCAAUGUAACGAAACGUCAUUUCAAAUGCAAGAAAAUAACAAAGAUGGCUGAAGAACAGGACGUGAUACAAAUAGAGUUGCUAUGCAAACAGCUUUACGAGUCGCAGGACCCGCUCGUAAGGGAGCAGGCAGAGAAGGCAGUCGUCGCAUUUCAGGAGUCACCAGACACACUGAGCAAAUGCCAGGCUCUAUUGGAGCGAGCGGACUCAAGCUACUCACAACUGUUGGCUGCCACCACCCUGUCUAAGCUAAUUAGCAAGUCCACAGCGAGUCUAUCAACUCAACAGCGUUUGGAUAUCAGGAAUUAUAUCCUCAAUUAUUUGGCAACUAGGCCGAAAUUGGCCAACUUUGUAGUACAGGCGCUGGUGUCGCUUUUCGCUCGCAUCACCAAGCUGAGCUGGUUCGACAUGAUUAAGGAGGAGUACGUUUUUCACAACGUUAUCAAUGAUAUCACAAACUUUCUCAGGAGUCAAGAGCUAUGCACGAUAGGAGUUCAGCUACUGUCCCAGCUGGUGGUGGAAAUGAACCAGGUCUCUGAAGCCGAUGCAUAUCGUUCCCUGGCCAAACACAGGAAGAUCGCAUCGUGGUUCAGAGACGCGCAACUCUUCGAGAUGUUCCGUCUGUCGUGUUCCCUCCUCGGGACGAUGAGGGACAAGGCUCCCGAACUCUCAGACGAGAGGCAACACGCCUUGGUCGCCGCGUUACUACGUCUCUCCCACAACUGUCUGACGUUCGAUUUCAUUGGCACCACCAGCGAUGAAUCCAGUGACGACCUAUGUACUGUUCAGAUCCCGACAUCAUGGCGGCCGACGUUCCUAGAGUCUGGGACUCUGGAUCUAUUCUUUGAGUUGUACCAUCUACUGGGCGGCGCUCUGGCGAGUCUGGCCCUUGCGUGUCUGGUACAACUGGCUUCGGUACGCCGCUCACUGUUCAGCUCCAACGAGAGAGCCAAAUUCUUGAACAGACUCGCCGCUGGUGUACUAAGGAUCUUGGAAAAUACACAGGGCCUCUCGGAUCCGACGAAUUACCACGAGUUUUGUCGUCUCCUCGCUCGUCUCAAGUCCAACUACCAGCUGGGAGAGCUAGUCAUGGUCGACAACUACCCUCGGCUCAUUGAGCUCAUUGCCAAGUUCACCGUGCAGAGCUUACAGAUGUGGCAAUUUGCACCGAACUCCGUACACUACCUCCUCUCUCUGUGGCAACGUAUGGUGGCAUCGGUUCCCUACGUGAAGGCCAGUGAACCUCAUCUCCUGGAGAUGUACGCUCCCGGAGUCACCGCUGCUUACAUCGGAUCCAGGCUGGACUCCGUCUCCUGCGUUCUAAGAGAGGGUGUGGAAGACCCGCUAGAAGACGUGGGCACGGUCCAGCAGCAAUUGGAACAAUUGUCAGUAGUGGGGCGCUGCGAGUACGGCAAGACUUGUCAGUUGCUAGUCGCCCAUUUUGACCGCGCCGCCGCCGCCUACAGCGUCGAGACCCAGCCUCAACAGAUACAUAUACUGCAGGGUCAACUGACAUGGUUGGUAUACAUAAUCGGCGCUGCGAUAGGCGGGCGUGCUUCAGUGAAUACGUGCGAUGAAAACGAUGCCAUGGAUGGGGAGCUCGUCUGCAGGGUCCUGCAGCUUAUGGACCUUACUGACUCCAGGCUCGCUCAGGGUGGUUGUGAGAAAUUAGAACUGGCGAUGAUGUCAUUCUUCGAACAGUUCCGUAAGAUCUACGUGGGAGACCAGGUACAGAAGAACAGUAAGGUCUACCACCGCCUCAACGAUGUGCUGGGGCUCACUGACGAGAGCCAGCUUCUGAGCGUGCUUAUGAGGAAGAUUAUCACAAACUUGAAGUAUUGGGGCGGGUCUGAGCAGAUCAUAGCUAAGACGCUCGGUCUGCUUAGCGACCUCAGUGGCGGGUACUCCUGUGUCCGGAAACUGGUCAAGCUGGACGAGGUCCAGUUCAUGCUUACACACCAUACUGCGGAACAUUUCCCGUUCCUGGGUAUAGCGGGUGUAGGCGCCGCCGAAAUGAGAUGUAGAAGCAUGCUGUACACGGCCCUGGGCCGCCUCCUCAUGGUCGACCUCGGGGAGGAUGAGGACAGGUUCCUCGCGUUCAUGAUGCCUCUCACAGCGGCGUUUGAGAGUAUAAUAGGCCUUCUCAACGGGCCUGACACUGCGAUGUAUAAUUCUGAAGACGCAAAGAAGACUUUAAUAGGCCUCGCACGAGAUCUACGAGGCCUCGCGUUUGCAUUCAGUACAAAAACUACGUAUAUGAUGCUUUUUGAUUGGAUCUACCCGGUAUACAUGAAGGUGUUGCUCCGAGGUAUCGAGGUCUGGUUCGCGGACCCAGCAGUGACGACUCCGGUCCUCAAGCUGACGGCUGAGCUCGCGCAGAACAGGAACCAGCGGCUACAAUUUGACGUUUCCUCGCCAAACGGAAUAUUACUGUUUAGGGAACUCUCAAAUAUUAUUUGUGGAUAUGGUAGCCGAAUACUAACAAUAGACGUCAACAAGAAACAAAUGUAUGCAAUGAAACUUAAAGGAAUAUCACUAUGCUUCUCCAUACUCAAGGCUGCACUAUGCGGGAGCUACGCUAAUUUCGGAGUAUUCAGAUUUUACGGCGAUGAGGCUUUAGACAACGCGCUGAAUAUGUUCGUCAAACUACUACUCAGUAUACCUCAGAGCGAUUUACUGGACUACCCGAAGCUGUCUCAAACAUACUACGUCCUACUAGAACGCCUUGCCCAAGAUCAUAUGCCGUUCCUAGCGUCAUUACAACCCGAGGCAACCCUCUACAUUCUAUGCUCAAUCUCCGAGGGAUUAACUGCAUUAGAUACCAGUGUAUGUACGGGCUGCUGUGCAACGCUAGAUCAUAUAGUUACCUACCUAUUCAAACAAUUGGUCCAAAAAUCUAGCAACAAAGUAUCGAACCCUCGCCAGCCGCCUCCGGAGACGAGCAACAUGUUCAUAGAAGUACUACAACGACGCCCCGAGAUCAUGCAACAAUUACUCGCUACGGUAUUAAACGUAAUAAUGUUCGAAGACUGCUGCAAUCAGUGGUCGAUGUCUCGCCCCCUCCUCGGCCUAAUACUCCUCAAUGAGGAGCAGUUUGCCCGCAUACGCCAGGACAUGAUCGCCCAGCAGCCCCGGGACAAGCAGGCCGAACUAGCGCAGUGGUUCAACGGCCUCAUGACGGGGAUCGAACCUAAUUUGCUGACUAAGAAUAGAGAUAGAUUCACACAAAACCUCUCAAUGUUCCGUCGUGAUAUCAACAACUUACUAAAGGGAACGGCCGGCGUAAGCGGCGGCGGGAACGCUAGCGAUAUGAUGACGUCAUAACUCAGUACUAAAGCUCUAGAGGUAGGACAGAGACAGCGAUACACAGUAGAGGGAGAUAGACUCAUAUGUUAUAAAAGCUUAG